AUGGGGUCCACCGACCGUAUGGCAGCUCAAGGUUAUGAGACUAACGCGCCUAGCUUUGGCGUGACGAUUGGUCGUGUAGUAAACCGAAUAGCUAAGGGUCAGUUCGCACUGGAUGGUGUUCAUUACCAGUUAGAGAUCAACGAUGGAUCAAACCAUAUCCAUGGCGGUGUCAUCAACUUUUCACAUCGGCUUUGGGAGGGGCACAUCGAGGAAACUGGUGUAUCUUUUAGCUAUACAAGUCCUGAUGGUGAGAAUGGUUAUCCAGGGGAAGUUUUCGUUACCAUCAACUACCAACUAACAGAUGAUAACAAGCUACUCAUAUCCUACGUUGCCAAGACAACCAAAGCCACACCCAUCAAUCUUACCAACCAUUCGUACUUCAACCUCGGGGGUCACGACUCGGGCAGCGUUACAGAUCAUAUUGUGGAGAUAGACGCUGAUAAGUACACACCGAUGGUAAUAGAGACAACUAUCCCAUCAGGUGAGAUAAGUUCGGUUGAUGAUACAGUGUUUGAUCUGAGAAGUCCAACCAGAAUCGGGGAUAAGAUCAACGAAGUACCAGGAUUAGGAUAUGACCAUAACUUCUGUGUGAAAUCUUCAGAAAAACCUUGCGUCAUGUAUGUAAAACACGUCACACACAAGGAAAGUGGUCGCAAGAUGGAGGUUUCUACGACCAAACCUGGUAUUCAGUUCUAUACUGCCAAUUAUCUGAAUGAUUCUACCGUGGGAAAGUGUGGCGCAAUCUAUCCUAAACACAGCGCUCUUUGUCUGGAAUCUCAGUUCUAUCCAAAUGCCGUGAACCAGCCCAACUUUCCAAGUUGCAUCUUACAGCCUGGUGACAUGUACACACAUCUGACUGCCUUUGCCUUUUCUUGGAACUAGAAUAACACCGCAUUCUGCUGCAGGUAUGAUGACUGUAUUUUGCAACAAUGCAACAUUCAUGAGGAAUAAUAACUGGUUCUGAUGUUUGCUAUGUUUACUUUCAGAAUCAAUGUGGUAUAAACAGGUCUGUUUGUGGAUAAAAUAACAGAAAGAAUUUGUGAGUGAUAGUUAUUGGAAGAGUACCAGUGUGCCAAUCAUAUAGCUGAAUAUGUAAAGAAAUAAAAUGUAGAUAUAAGAAA